CCGCCUCCCUUCCACCCUCCCGGCGCCCGCCCGCGGCGGCCAUGGGGGCGCGGCUGGGGCGGCGGGCAAGAGCAGAUGCCCCUGCGGCGCCGAGUGCUGGGCCCGCGCCCUACGAGCGCCGGGUGCGCUGGCUGCGAGAGAUCCAGUCCACACUCCGCGAGCGGCGGCCGGAGCGCGCUCGGCAGCUGCUGCGCCUCCUGCGCCAGGACCUGGGCCUUGAAGGGAACCUCCUCACUGACAUCCUCUACAGGAAUGUAACUUUCCUUAACCUGGUGGACCCCAUCUCCCACGACCUGCUGGUGAACCUGGCCCGGGACCUGCAGUGCCCCAAGAAGGACCAUGAGCUCUGGAAGUCCUCGGAUAAGAUCUGUCGGCAACUCAUCUACCACCUCACUCCUCACUCCAAGAGAAAACCCCACAGGAAAACCCAGAGCAGCCUCAAGAGCAGCCUGCAGAAGACUCUGCUGGUAGGGGAGACUGUGGACCUUUCUGGUAUCCCGCUCUCGGCCCGGGAUGUGCAGCACAUAUCUCGCUAUUUGGACAGUCGUGGUGUAGAGCUGGUGGUCCUAGACCUGAGCUUCACCGAGCUGAGCGAUGACCUCCUGCAUCUGCUGCUGCCCAGCCUCUGGGCUCUGCCCCGCCUCACCCAGCUGCUGCUUAAUGGCAACCGACUGACAAGAGCUGCUGCCCGUGAACUCACCGAGGCUAUCAAGGACGCCACCAAGUUCCCCGUGCUGGCCUGGGUGGACCUGGGUAACAAUGUGGAUGUGUCUUCCCUUCCCCAGCCCUUGCUGGUUGGCCUACGAAGGCGACUGAGCCAGCACACCUCGCUCCCGACCAUCUAUGAGGGCCUGGACCUCGAGCCUGGGGGUGGCAUGGCCGAGACGACUGCUGCUGUCUCCACCUGGGGCUCUGCAGCCACUGAGGCAGGACCAGAGCCUCAGGGUUGCUGUGCCAGGUGACUGGCUACUGGUCUGGUUCAGUGCUAAUGACUG